AUGACAAACUUUCAAUGGGCUUCACUUGGAUUUUGUGUUCUUCUGUUAUCACCACUAACUACUCUGUACGUACUCGUUUCAAGAAAUACUAAACGAGGGAAAUUAAUACGAAUCUUGUGUUUCGGUGAUUCACUGACUUUCGGUCUCACAAACGGAGAGCCGCAUCCAUACACGGUAAGAUUACAAGAGUAUUUUCGAAGUAAACUCAGGAGUCAUUCAAGGUCGAAUCAUGUUGAACUCUACAAUGCCGGACGAUCAGGCGAGCAAGUUCAAAACGAGAUGCUCCCUCGACUUGAAAAUUUAUUGCAGGCUGCUAAAUACAACUGGGUUAUCAUUUUGGGAGGGACAAAUGACUUGUUUGGAAUGAAGAGUAUCUGGACAGACAAUAACAUUGGCAAGGAACAAGAUCAAAUUACCAUUUUCAAUGCCCUAGUUCAGCUGCACAAGGUCGCUCACAUGGCUGGAGCGAAAACUGUUGCCGUAACGAUUCCUGCGUUACAAUGUGAGGUGAGCAGGAAGCGAAUGAUCAGUGUGAUUAUGGAAGUGAGACUGAAAGUGAACGAAAUGAUUCGGAAUUUCGUCAAAAAUUCAAAGGGAAAGGUGCUUCUGGCUGACAUUGAUAAGGAUAUGCAUUUUUCUCGAGAUCAAAUGCUCUGCGGUGACGGAAUUCAUUUAACUGCUUCAGCUUAUGACAGAAUGGCCUACAUCAUAUUUAAUUCGAUAAAGGGUUUUAUAUAG